AUGGAGCGGUCUGGGUCUGGGGCCAAGUCCUUGUUCCCUCAAGGGCCCAGCUUCACCCUGGACGACUUCUCGACCCAGGACUUUGUCGUCCGCGAAUUCAUCGAUAACCUGGCCGAGAGUGCUGUGCCAGCAAACCGUCGGUCGGGCCCUGCGCAGUCUGGCUUCGAACCAAAGCCUCUCAUCCGCACCUUUGAAAACGCGCUGUCGCAACUUGGGUCGUUGUCUGAGGAACUCCAGGAGAGAGAAUCGGAACUCCAAUCCAACGUGCGAAGGGCCGAAGCCCAACACGACCAGACCCUCGACACCCUCGGCCGGAAGCUCGACCAGUCGAUGGCUUCGUUCGAGGCGCUCGAUCUAUCGCUGAACCAACCCGCCAUCGAUGGCGUCGACAAGAAUGCCGGCGGAAAUAUUGCUGUACAGAUCGGCGAGAAGCUCGAGGAGCUGGAUCGGAAACGGAGACGGGCCCAAGACGCCAACUUCCUCAUCCAGUGCUGGCUCGAGGUCUGCGAAACAGGCCAGCUCACGUCGCUGGAGGAGAUCCAGAGACAAGGAGGCGCCGAGAACAAGGUCCGCUGCGCCAUCAUCUCCCGCCAGCUGGUGCGCAUCAGCCAGCGGCUCGAUCCUUCGUCGUGGGGCCAGACUAACGGGGCGAACGGCUUCCGGGGAAACGGCGUCACGAACGGCGUCGCCGGGACCAGUCGCGUGCACAACACGAGAGAGGUUCUCGAAAAGUUCUCGGAAUCCUUGGAGCAAGAACUGCUGAAGCAGUUCAACAGCAGCUACCGACGCCAGAACUUCGACGACAUGAUGGAAUGUUCCAAGGUGCUUUACGACUUCAACGGUGGCGCCAGCGUCAUCGCCACGUUCGUCAACCAGCACCAGUUCUUCAUCGACAGAGACCAGCUCAUCUCGGAUGAAGUGACGAUGGACGGAGACAUCUGGGAACAGAUCGCGGACCCCGACGCCGACCCGCCUGGCGUCGAAGCCAGCCUGCAGUCUCUGGUCGACGAAGUCAAGCUGAUCAUGCAGGAGGAGUCCUUCAUCAUCAAGCGGGCGUUCCCCUUCUACGAAACCGUUCUCAUCAAGUUUAUCCAGAGGAUAUUUCAACAGUCCAUCCAGCAAAGGCUCGAGAUGGUGCUCGACAAGGCCAACGAGGUCUCGUCCCUGGCCUUCCUGAGAUCACUGCACUCUUCCAGGACAUACAUCAACGCCUUGAUCGAAGACCUCAAAUCGCACGGCCUAACCGAGCACCCGGAGCCGGCAUCACCACAGAUUUCCCAGACCCUGGACCAGCAGAUGGAGGAGCUGUUUGUCCCGUACCUUGUCGGCAAUUCGUACAUCGACCGAGAGAGGAAGAGCCUCGAGGAAACCUACAGCUCGCUGCUCUUCAAGUUUACAACAUAUCACUCCAAGAGGAAGAAGGCGCCGACCGGCUUCAUGGCCUCCCUCGCCCAGCAGAGUUCACAGCUGCUGUCGUCGGCGAAGGACGCCUAUCUCGAGCGUCUCGACUCGUCCGAAUUGACGGCCACCCAGAGGGCCAUGAUGCUUCGCGUCGCGGGAAUCCAAGACAACAACGAGAACAAGGACGACGUGGAGGUGUCGGAGGAGGACGGGAUCCUCCAAGUCGCCAACGCCAAGAGAAUGAUGAAGUGGCUCGCCGAGUCCGUCCGCAGAACCCUCGAGCUCGGCUCCCCCGUCGACACGCCCAAGGACGUCAACGUCCUCCUCAACCUCCUGCUCACGACGAUGGGCCGCGUCUACGUCGAGACGGCCCUGGACGCCGCUCUCGACAACGCGACGGCCCAGGAGAACAUCAAGACGGAGCCGGACCUGACGUACCUCCCCGCGGUACGGCCCGCGGUCACCAUCACCAGCAUCAUGGAGCGCUUCAUCACCACCGUGCUGAUCAAGCUCGCCGAGUCCAACACGACGGUGCGCCGCAGCAUGGCGUCGCAGACCAAAACGGCCAUCGACAACAUCGAGCGCAAGACCAACGCCGUCAUGCGCAGCUCCAUCGAUGUCGUCACGAACUGGGUCACGCGCUGCCUCGCAAACCAGAAGAAGCUCGACUUCCGCCCGCGCGACGCCGACUUGGACUCGCUGCAGACGCCCACGUGCCUGCAGAUCAGCCAGUUCCUCUCCCGCGUCGCCAAGUACGCCGCGCAGGCCGUCGACGGCCAGAACCUCGAGGUCUGGAGCUCAGAGGUCGCCCUGGCCGUCCUGGCCCUGCUCUUUGACCACUUCAAAAAGUUCCAGGUCAACGCCACGGGCGGCCUCAUGGUCGCGCAGGACCUGUCCAAGUACUCGUCCACCCUCAAGGAGUGGUCGCUCGCGCCCGACGUCGAGACCUCGGCCGAGCUCCUCACCGACAUCGGCUCCCUCUUCAUCGUCGGCCCCGAGGCGCUGCGCGAGAAGUCCCGCACCCUCGCCGCCGGCCCCUCGGGCCAGGGCAAGAAGCUGACCAAGGCCGACUUCAAGGCCUUUGUCCAGCGGCGCGACGACGCCGGCAGCGUCGGCGUCCAGAGCGUGUUGGCAGGGCUUUAA